AUGGCUAAAUUGCUCAGGCUCCUUUGGUGGACUCUACUGUGUUACUCCGCGACGUGUUCAGCCAACGACGGAUUAUUUGGUUCUAAAUUUCCAAACGACAUUCCCGAAUACGACUUACUACGAGCGAUUGGCGUGCCGUUCAGCAAUCCGAAAACUCAGUACUUCGACGAGGGCCUCGACGGAUUCCCCGCUUACGGCCUCAAGCCGGGCUCCGACAUCAAGUCGCCGUACCGUCUCUUCAUGCCCGAGAAGUUGUACGCCGAAUUCUCGAUUACCGCCACCGUUCGCCCGGCGAACAAAGAUGGCGGGUUCCUCUUCUCCGUCGUCAACCCCUUGGAGACCGUCGUCCAGCUGGGUGUCCAGCUCAUCCCCUCCGGCCCAGGGCUCACCAACAUCUCGCUGCUGUACACCGACGCGAACGCGUACGCUCUAUCGCAGACCAUUGCGUCCUUCGUGGUGCCGUCGUUCGCGAAGAAAUGGAGCCGCUUCGCCUUGAAGGUCACCACGUACAACGUGACGCUCUUCCUGAACUGUCACGAGUUCGACACGGUGAUGAUGAGGAGGAAUCCACUCGAAUUGGUAUUCGAUUCGGCCUCAACGCUGUACGUGGGUCAGGCUGGACCACUGAUCCGCGGUGCCUUCCAUGGGGCAUUUCAAGAGCUUAAGCUGUACGGAUCUCCAUCACAAGCUGAAGUGCAGUGUGUAAAUACUUUUGAGGAAAUCGGUAAUGGCAGCGGAGGGGACGAAAUAGACAUAGACAAUUUUUUGGUUGAUCAGGAAGAAGGUGACUCCGAAGGAUCCGGACGCUUUGGGACUAUGCCACCACCAUUUCCUCCGCUGCCACCAGGAUUAGACGGGUACCCACUACGACUCAGGGGGGAAAAGGGAGAACGAGGACCAAGGGGUCCACCUGGAGAAUCCAUACGUGGUCCUCCGGGGCCCCCAGGACCUCCCGGGCCCCCAGGUACACCAGGGACAGUGCCCAUUCAUGAGUUCUCUGGAUCUGGAGAUGACCAAGUUUUUGGGGAGCAUUAUGCAUCUCUUGGGCAAUGUGGAUGUAACUCAAGCAUAAUACUGUCCCUAUUGGAGAAAGCACCCGAGUUGCACGGACCCCCUGGACAGCCUGGAGUAAUGGGCAUUGAAGGCAGAACUGGUGCACCCGGUAUCGCUGGACAACCAGGAAUGCCUGGUGAGAGAGGACCGGUAGGACCGCGUGGGGAAAAGGGCGAGAGAGGCGAUGUUGGCCCUCGAGGGCACGAGGGGCAACCUGGUCCAAAAGGUGAACCAGGUGUUGACGGUAGGCCAGGUAAUGCUGGCCCACCUGGCCCACCGGGACCACCUGUUCCAUUCGAGUACAGCAAUUUCGAAGAAUCUCUGCUGGGAUCCUAUGGUGGAGUGCUUGGGAGACCUGGAGCGCCGGGACCUAAAGGGGACGCAGGGCAACCAGGUCCUAUGGGAUUGCAAGGAGAAAGAGGAUUCACCGGACAGAAGGGUGAGAGAGGGCAGGCGGGUCAAAUUGGCGGCAAAGGUGAACGUGGACACCCUGGACCUCAAGGCGAGAGAGGUCCUAAAGGUGAUCGUGGCAGCCCAGGUCUCGACGGCCGUCCUGGGUUGCCUGGUGCAAAUGGAAGGCCAGCCGAGAAGGGAGAAAAAGGUGAACGAGGAUUACCUGGUCCUCCUGGGUCACCAGCACCCGCAACGGCUGUAUACAAUCCUGAAAGUCCUGAAUUUUUACCAACUGGACAGCAAAUCUUACCAGAAAAAGGAAUGAAAGGCGAAAAGGGGGAAAAAGGAGCGCAGGGCAAGGAAGGAGUGCCAGGAUUUCCAGGAAAAGAUGGAAAGCCAGGUGAAAGAGGUGAUAUUGGACCGUCAGGAAUGCCAGGCAUUGCCGGUCCUACGGGACCGCCUGGCUUUAAAGGAGAAAGAGGAGAGAGGGGUCCACCUGGUCCUAUAAGCAUCACUUCACCGGGAUCUGACAUUAUAACAGUAAAGGGUGAUAAGGGUGAUCCCGGGCUCCGAGGCCGAAGAGGCAGACCAGGGCCUGUAGGGCCUCGUGGGCUUCAAGGUCCUCCAGGCACGCCAGGCUCACCAGGACGACCGGGUGAUAAGGGUGACAUAGGCCUCCCGGGUUGGAUGGGUCGCCCAGGUACGUCAGGUCCACCGGGUGUACCUGGGCCUGUUGGUCCAAAAGGAGAAAAAGGUGACCCUGGAGUCAACGCUCUCGACGUUUCUAUGUUCAAGGGUGAAAAAGGGGAACGUGGUCUUGAUGGAAUGCCAGGGGCUAAAGGUGCGCAGGGUUCCCCUGGGCCACCGGGAACACCAGUACAGAGAUCUGAUGCUGUCCAGUAUGUGCCUGGACCACCAGGACCACCGGGCCCACCAGGACCACCAGGCUCCCCUGGAGUAUCCAUCGUUGGACCGAAAGGAGAACCGGGACUUAGCUAUUAUGAAGAAUAUCCUUCACACGGCAGCACUAAGUUUUUUGGAAAGCCAGAAUUUUCAAACAGCGAAGCAAAGAACCUCCGUACAGAUGAUUCAAAUAAUGUCAAAACGAAUACCGUACCGAGCGCGGCCGUCUAUCAAACUACUGAAGAAAUGAUGAAGCUUGCAUCAGAAAGUCCUGUUGGUGCUUUAGCUUAUGUAAUAGAAGAGCAGGCGCUAUUCGUCAAAGUCAAUUCCGGAUGGCAAUACGUUUUGCUUGGGUCGCUGGUGACGCAGUCAGCCCAAUCACAACCCACUCCAGCACCACCAACACCGAUGCCUGCUGCCAGUUUGGUUCACGUACCAAACGUGCUAAACUUAGUUGAGAAUUCACCACCUGCAACCAACCUAAAACCAACACUACGACUUGCCGCGUUGAAUGAACCUCUCUCAGGGAACAUGCAUGGCGUACGCCGUGCUGACUACUCUUGCUAUCGACAAGCCCGACGCGCCGGUUUGAAGGGUACCUUUAAAGCCUUACUCACCAGUAGGAUACAAAAUCUAGACUCGACGGUGCGUUACUCCGACCGACACUUACCAGUUGUGAACACGCGCGGGGAAAUGUUAUUCAAAUCCUUCUCCGAUAUAUUCGAUGGAAGCGGUGGAAUAAUGUCUGGAAAUCCAAGAAUAUUUAGUUUCAACGAUAAGAACAUUAUGACAGACAUUAAUUGGCCCCAAAAACUGAUUUGGCACGGAUCACACGCAAGUGGUGAGCGCGCUGUGGAUACAUUCUGCGACGAGUGGCAGAGCAACGAUCCGAUGUCACGAGGCAUGGCUUCCUCGCUAUACUCUCAUAAGCUGCUGUCACAGGAAAGGUUCACGUGUAAUAAUCAUUUCGCCGUAUUGUGCAUUGAAGCGACAUCACACGCCGGGAUUCGAAGGAAACGGGAUAUAGGAAGAUACAACAACACGGGUUUAAUAGACGAUGAAGAUUAUUUAUACAAUGCAGAAGAAUAUCAGCAGCUGUUAAAUGAAAUUUUUGCUCAACCUUAUAGAGAAAUA